ACUCGUCUUGAAUUUGUUCUGUGAUCAUUGUUGAACAUUUUAUUUAAGCCCGCUUUUUUGAAGCGGUUAGAGUAAAAAAAGGUGAGUUUUUUUAUUAAUAUUUUUCUGCAGAAUUUUGUUGAACACUUGAAUUUACUGUUGGAGCUGUGUAUGAAGAAUCGAAGUGACUCAAAUUACUUGCCAGGCGGUAGCUGAGCGUGCAAAUAUGACGGUUACACCUAAAAUCUCUGUCAAUGAUGGGAAUCUUGUGGUUCAAGGGAAGACCAUACUCACAGGAGUGCCUGACAACAUUGUGCUGACCCCAGGAUCAGGCGGUGGGCUUGUUACCGGUGCAUUCAUUGGUGCUACAGCUUCAAAUAGCAAAAGCCUGCAUGUUUUCCCCGUUGGUGUCUUAGAGGGUGUUCGCUUCUUGAGUUUAUUUCGUUUCAAGCUGUGGUGGAUGACUCAGAGAAUGGGAACAUGUGGGAAGGACAUUCCUUUGGAGACCCAAUUCAUGCUUGUGGAGAGCAAAGACUCCACUGAAGGCGAACGUGAAGAUGCCCCAACCAUUUAUACUGUCUUUCUGCCACUCCUUGAAGGCCAAUUUCGUGCUGUUCUUCAAGGCAAUGAGAAGAAUGAGCUGGAGAUCUGCCUUGAGAGUGGAGAUAGUGCUGUUGUAACCAACCAAGGACUUAAUCUUGUUUAUAUGCAUGCUGGGACAAAUCCUUUUGAAGUCAUCAACCAGGCUGUGAAAGCUGUUGAAAAACACUUGCAAACUUUUCAUCACCGAGAGAAGAAAAAGUUGCCCUCUAUUCUUGACUGGUUUGGCUGGUGCACAUGGGAUGCUUUCUACACUGAUGUGACCGCCGAGGGUGUUGACGAAGGCCUUAAGAGCUUAUCUGAGGGAGGAACACCACCACGUUUCUUGAUCAUAGAUGAUGGUUGGCAACAGAUUGGUAGUGAGGCCAAGGAAGACCCCAGCUGUGUUGUUCAAGAAGGAGCUCAGUUUGCAAACAGGCUAACAGGAAUAAAAGAAAAUGAAAAAUUCCAGAAGAAUGAAAAACUCGGUGGCCAAGGAGCAGGCCUGAAGCACGUCGUUGAAGAAGCAAAGCAACGUCACAAUGUUAAGUAAGUUGCCUAGUAUCUUAAUAAACCAUUUU